GCUAGUGAAUUGGCUGCUUCCACCCCGACUUCAUGGUCUUUUUCCUUUGACACCUUUUCAUGCUCAUACUUCUAUAUCUGAAUAAAGAACCUCCAUCGUUGAUUCUGCUUCUCUAUUCGGAGCUGCUUCUGUUGGAAAAGGCUCGGGUGCAUAUUCGCUCUCCAACAUUCGCGUCGAAUCCUGUAUCUUGACUAUUUAGACGAAAAUGUUGUCCCUACCAUGUAUAACCGUGGGCCUUCUGGGUGCUAGCAUAACACUCGUUACCGCAAAUGGCCAUUCGAAUAUUCUCCACCGGGAUGUCGUGGUUAUCGGUGGAGGUGCUUCCGGUGCCUACGCUGCCGUCCGGCUACGCGAUGACCUUAACAAGUCCAUCGCCUUGAUCGAGAAGCAGGAUAUCCUGGGUGGCAUGGUUGACACUUACGUGGACAAGAAGACAGGCGCCACAUUUGAUUAUGGUGUUCAGAGUUUCCUCAACGUUAGCAAAGCCAAGGAUUUCUUCGACCGGUUCAAUAUCUCCGUCGGCAGUAACUCGAGCAGUCCGACGCUAAUCACCGAGUACAUCGAUUUCAACACCGGCGCCGAAGUCGCGUUUCAACCGCCAUCUCUGACGGCGCAGAUAACUGCAAUUGCCAAAUUUCUCGAUGUGAUUACGCCAUGGGAAUCUAUGCUGCAGCCCGGAUACUGGAACUUCCCCGAACCUGACGACAUUCCCGAGGAUCUUCUGAUCCCUUUCGGUGAAUUCUUGACCAAAUACGGCCUCGAAGACGGUGCCCCUAUUAUCUAUGCAACCACCGGUCUUGGACUGGGCGAUAUGAGUGAAGUUGUUACCAUGUUUGCGCUGCAGGGCUUUGGCUGGGAUAUGGCACGGGGGAUGACAGGUCAAAUAGGCUUGUUUACACCUACUUCUGGAGGCAACCAGGCUCUCUACAAUGCGAUCGCUAAGAAUCUAGGCGAUGAUGUGCUCUACUCCAGCACUGUGAUUAGCAGUCACCGCACCAACUCCAGUGUCCAACUUACUGUUCAAGAUCACAAGACUGGAAAAUCUACCCAGAUUGUCGCCCGCCGGCUCCUGGUUGCUAUUGAACCCACCGACGACAAUGUGGCUCCCCUGGACCUCAGUCCCUUUGAGCGGGAUACCCUCGCCAAGUUUACCUACUCGAAUGAAUACACGGGCCUUGUCGACAACUCUGUCUUCAACACAAGUUAUUACUACUUCAAUCUGCCAUCAUCCGCGGCGCCAAACCAUACGCUCGUCUUUCAAGAGGAGCCCAUGGUUGCGAGCUUCCAGUACACCGGCCUUGAGCACCUAUUCCGUGUAAUGAUUAUCGGCAACACGACCACCACUAGUCGUGAAGCCAAAUCCCUAGCUCAAACAAGCUUCGACACUUUGCUAAAUACUGGUCGAUUAACCGGAACUGAACUCCAGACCCAGGAGCUCAACUGGGCUGCUUUCUCUACACAUGGACCAAUGCACGCCCGUGUGUCAGUUGACGAGGUCAAAUCUGGGUUCUUCCAAGAUCUGUAUAAGCUGCAAGGUGCGCGUUCUACGUGGUGGACGGGUGGUGCCUUUUCGGUCAACUUCCAGACGAAGUUGUGGGAGUUUGAUGAGGGCCUUAUUCCCAAGAUCGUUGAGGGUCUUUAACAGCCUACGUCUAACGUGAUACGCGAGGCAUACAACUGUCGCGAUCAAGGGAUCCUGAGCUGUCUAACAAGCAGAGAAUUGGGCUACUGAUCUAGGGCACUUGGUAGUGGAUGAGUCUUCUUUUACUUAUACAGAGCCAGAUCCGCUGAGGUCAAAUGACCAGCAACCAAAAAGUUCCA